AUGUUUAGUUUGUUAGAAUCCGCAGACAGCCAAAGAAACACAUUUGCGAUCCAAUGGCCUGUAGGUGUGUGCAGGGGUGCCAACAGACAAACAUCGCAAUGCAACAUCCCUAGAAGAAACACCUGGACAAUCCAUGGCUUGUGGCCUUCGGAAACGACAACCCCAUCGGCAGUAGCAUUUAGCGCCAACCCGUUAGCAACAAUACGCGCCCAAUUGAACGCCCUUUGGCCUGACGUCACACGCAACAACAAUCCUGGAUUUUGGUCGCACGAAUGGGGAAACCACGGCGUUUACUACCAAUUUAACACCAACGAUCAUCUAUUGGAAUACUUUACGAUGAACCUAAAUCUGAUCAACGGCUAUCCACUUUUCCAGAUACUUCAGAGAGGCGGUAUCACCCCAAGCAACACCAACACGUACACUCUUGCGCAGGUGAACAGCGCAGUUUCCCGAGCUGUGGGCAAAAAUGUCAACGUUAGAUGCGCAAACAACAAUGACGAGCUUUUGCAGGAAGUCAGGAUUUGCUUCAACGCCCACUAUACAGCCACUGUUAAUUGUGGUGGCAGAUCCAAUUGCAAUCCAAAUGCGAUUUAUUACUACGCCAGUUAGUUUUAAAAAAUUUAAAAAAAUUAUUUGUAUAUGGGUUCUUUUCAAGAAACACCCGCUUUCAGGAAAAUGAAGAUCAAAUUUUUUUUUGCUUAAAUUGACUUUUGGUUGGAUUUUUAUAAAUGUUUAGAGUUUUGUUUACUUACAUUUAUGACAGGCAGUGCACUUUUUAAUUUUUUUACGUUUUUUUCAGAAAAAUGUGUUUAGCUAGCUUUAUAUAUC